GCCCUGGCUCCGACGGGAAACCAUCUGCUUUUCCCUUUCCGCUGGAUGUUCCUUUGCCUUCCUCCAGAGAGGUGUGGGGAAGGCGGCGCGGGGCCCGGGGAGGCACACACACCCCUGCGCCCCACUUUCUGUCUGGCUCGCCUCCCCCGUUCUCGCCCUGCCCCGCAGUGUGCUGUCCAGACAGACCUCCCCCAGAAGGAGCCGAGGCCCUCGCUCUCAUGAAUCAUGUGGCUGGAGAUUCUCCUCGCCUCAGUGCUGGCCUUUGUCGUCUACUGGUUUGUUUCCCGGGACAAGGAGGAAACGCUGCCACUAGAAGAUGGGUGGUGGGGCCCCGGGGCGAGGCCCACGGCCCCAGAGGACGAGAGCAUCCGCCCUUUCAAGGUGGAGACGUCAGACGAGGAGAUCAAGGACUUACACCGCAGGAUCGAUGGGACCCGUUUAACCCCACCUUUGGAGGACAGCCGCUUCCAUUAUGGCUUCAACUCCAACUACCUGAAGAAGAUCCUCUCCUACUGGCGGAAUGAAUUUGACUGGAGGAAGCAGGUGGAGAUGCUCAACAGGUACCCUCACUUCAAGACCAGGAUCGAAGGGCUGGACAUCCACUUCGUCCAUGUGAGGCCGCCCCAGCUGCCGCCCGGCCGCACCCCCAAGCCCCUGCUGAUGGUACACGGCUGGCCCGGCUCCUUCUACGAGUUUUAUAAGAUCAUCCCCCUCCUGACUGACCCUGCGAACCACGGCCUGAGCGAGGAGCACGUGUUCGAAGUCAUCUGCCCUUCCAUUCCUGGCUACGCCUUCUCGGAGGCAGCCUCCAAAAAGGGCUUGAAUUCAGUGGCCACCGCCAGGAUCUUUUACAAACUGAUGCUGCGGCUGGGCUUCCGGGAGUUCUACAUUCAGGGCGGGGACUGGGGGGCCCUGAUCUGCACCCACAUGGCCCAGAUGGUGCCCAGCCAUGUGAAAGGCCUGCACUUGAACAUGGUUUUCAUUUUAAAUGGCCGCAUCCUGACCCUCUUCCUGGUUCGGCAUUGCCCGAGGCUCUUCGGUUUCACCCAGAGGGAUAUGGAGCUGAUGUUGCCCUUCAAGGAGAAGAUUUUCUACAGACCGCUGCGGGAGAGCGGCUACAUGCACAUCCAGAGCACCAAGCCCGACACCGUGGGCUGCGCUCUGAAUGACUCUCCCGCGGGCCUGGCUGCCUACAUCCUGGAGAAGUUUUCGACCUGGACCGAUUCUGAGUUCCAACAGCUGGAGGACGGGGGCCUGGAGAGAAAGUUCUCCCUGGACGACCUGCUGACCAACGUCAUGCUCUACUGGACAACUGGCGCCAUCACCUCCUCCCAGCGCUUCUACAAGGAGAACAGGGGGCAGCUCUUCAAGCAGGAUCGGGUCAAGGUGUCGGUGCCCACCGGCCUGGCCGCCUUCCCGUGUGAGCUGAUGCACGUACCGGAGAGGUGGGUGAAGGGCAAGUACCCGAGGCUCGUGUCCUACUCCUACAUGCCCCGCGGGGGCCACUUUGCCGCCCUCGAGGAGCCGGAGCUGCUGGCCCAGGACAUCCGCAAGUUCGUGGGGCUGGUUGAGCUGCCCUGAUGCCAUGGGGGUGGCCCCCGGGGCCGAGUCUCCCUCCCCGUCAGCCACCCCCUCCCAGUGCGGCCCCCCCAUCCCCCUCCCUCUCC